AUGGCGAAAGAUGAAGGAGGAUCUUGGACUGAAUACGGAUUCGGAAUUUGCGAAACUGCUGCCCGACUGGGCCAACUCACUGGUACAAUGCCUCAAAGAACUGAUCCAGAGUCUGUGGUGGCUGGAAUGAUGAGGAAAGUUGAGAUGACUGGGGCAUAUGCAAUGUGGACGGUUCUAGUGGUUCGACUAAGCCUUAUAUACUUUCUGACGGUCAGUAUACCUCAGGAAACGGACAUGAACAGUUACGUUGUUGUUCCGAACUUUACCGAAGAUGCUGAGUUUGAGAAUAUCAAACGAACUAACAGAGCAAAGGACAAUAAGUCAUACAAAACUGGCUUGUACAACGAUGGGAAAACGUUUCCUACUGAAAUGGCUUACCAUAAUUAUGCCAUCAAUGAAGACAUUUCUGUUCGGACCCCUAACUGGAACUUAAUGGCAUACAACUCAAAACAACACAUGGUUAAAGCCAGAUGGCCAGGGAUAUAUGAAUGGCCUGACAAUGAUGAAAACAGUGACGGACCCGAACCACACCGGGCUCGGCCUCGGCGAGCCUCUUUUUCCUCGACAGACAGAAACGGAAGAAAUGCAAGAAACGUCAUACUUGCAGUUAUAGCAGUAUUAGUGGUAGCGGUUGUAAUAACGAUCAUAAUGCUGAUUGUUCUCGCAGAAGGAACUGUCAACUUGGAAUUAAAGCUAGAAGACCGAUUUCAAAGGGGCAUGGAAAAUUCCUCUUCACCUGUGUUCCAAUCAGUGGCGAAACAACUUUGUGGAGAGAACUACCUUAAGAUUAGCCAGUCUGAACCAAACAAGUUUAACGGUUUUAAACCCUCAAGGAGAGGAAACCGAAAUGGAAAAGUUGCAAACGGGAGCAUCAUUGCUAGACUUGUGCUUACUAUUAUUGGCCAAUACCAUAUACCCGAAAAUAGCAUGUAUGUGGAGGCGAUAACGACAUAUGUUGGAGCUAGUUCGAGACUUGGGCCCUACACUGUGGUUAAAAGAACUAUAGUAGUUAUUGCAGUUUCCUAUUCGACUUUUGUUACAACUACCACCACUCCACAGACAAUAACAGGUACGACCACUCAUGGAUUAACAACAACUACCACCACCUCUGAGCCUCCAGAGAUAAAAGCUACUACUACCACCACUCCAGAGCCUACAACAACUACCAGUGAAGAACCAUCAACAACCACAACCACUCAAAAGCCAGCAUCGAUAACAACCGUUCAUGAGCCAGUAGCAAUUUCCACCACUACAGAGCCAAAAGGUACAACCACUCCAGAACCAGCGUCGAUUACAACCACUUCAGCACCAACAACAAAUACAACCACUUCGGAGCUAACAGCAACUACUACUUCUCUAGAGCAAACAACAUCUUCCAUCUCUUCAGAGCCAAUAGCAACUACCACCACUCCAGAACCGAAGGAAACUACCACCACUCCCACUCCACAACCAGCAAAAACUAGCAUCACUUCAGAGCCUUCUGCAAAUACCACCACUCAAGAACCGACAGAAACUACGACGACAACAACCACUAGAGAAACAUCAAAAACUAACAUCACUCCAGAGACGAAACUAACAACUACUACUUCAGAAACAUCAGAACCUACCAACACGCAAAGGUCGACAGCUACUACCACCACACCAGAACCUACAACAACUACCAGUCAUGAACCAUCAACAACCACAACCACUCAAAAGCCAGCAUCGAUAACAACCGCUCAUGAGCCAGUAGCAAUUUCCACCACUACAGAGCAAAAAGGUACAACCACUCCAGAACCAGCGUCGAUUACAACCACUUCAGCACCAACAACAAAUACAACCACUUCAGAGCAAACAGCAACUACUACUUCUCUAGAGCCAACAACAUCUUCCAUCUCUUCAGAGCCAAUAGCAACUACCGUCACUCCAGAACCGAAGGAAACUACCACCACUCCCACUCCACAACCAGCAAAAACUAGCAUCACUUCAGAGUCUUCUGCAAACACCACCACUCCAGAACCGACAGCGCCUACCACCACUCAAACUCCACAACCAGCACAAACUACCACCACUCCAGAACCGACAGAGACUACUACCACUGUUACUCCACAACCAGCACAAACUACCACCACUUCAUCGCCUUCUGCAAAUACCACCACUACAGAACCGACAGAAACUACGACGACAACCACCACUAGAGAUCCAUCAAAAACUAACAUCACUCCAAAGACGAAACUAACAACUACUACUUCAGAAACAUCAGAACCUUCCAACACGCAAAAGCCGACAGCUACUACCACCACACCAGAACCAACUACCAUAACUCAAGAACCAACAGCAACUAUCACCACUCCAGAACCAUCGAACACUACUACCACUUCAGAUCUAUCAGCAGCUACCAUUACUCCAGAGGCAACGCAAUCAACCACCACUUCAGAACCAUCAAAAACUUUCACCACUCCAAAGCCAACUGCAAUAACCUCAGAGACAAUAGCAACUUCCACCACUCAUACCACACAAGAACCAUCAAAAACUACCUUUACUUCAGAGACUUCUGCAAAUACCACCACUCCAGAACCGACAGCGCCUACCACCUCUAUAACUCCACAACCAGCAAAAACCACCACCACUUCAGAGCCUUCUGCAAAUACCACCACUCAAGAACCGACAGAAACUACGACGACAACAACCACUAGAGAAACAUCAAAAACUAACAUCACUCCAGAGACGAAACUAACAACUACUACUUCAGAAACAUCAGAACCUACCAACACGCAAAGGUCGACAGCUACUACCACCACACCAGAACCUACAACAACUACCAGUCAUGAACCAUCAACAACCACAACCACUCAAAAGCCAGCAUCGAUAACAACCGCUCAUGAGCCAGUAGCAAUUUCCACCACUACAGAGCCAAAAGAGCCAAUAGCAACUACCACCACUCCAGAACCGAAGGAAACUACCACCACUCCCACUCCACAACCAGCAAAAACUAGCAUCACUUCAGAGCCUUCUGCAAAUACCACCACUCCAGAACCGACAGAAACUACGACGACAACAACCACUAGAGAAACAUCAAAAACUAACAUCACUCCAGAGACGAAACUAACAACUACUACUUCAGAAACAUCAGAACCUACCAACACGCAAAGGUCGACAGCUACUACCACCACACCAGAACCUACAACAACUACCAGUCAUGAACCAUCAACAACCACAACCACUCAAAAGCCAGCAUCGAUAACAACCGCUCAUGAGCCAGUAGCAAUUUCCACCACUACAGAGCAAAAAGGUACAACCACUCCAGAACCAGCGUCGAUUACAACCACUUCAGCACCAACAACAAAUACAACCACUUCAGAGCAAACAGCAACUACUACUUCUCUAGAGCCAACAACAUCUUCCAUCUCUUCAGAGCCAAUAGCAACUACCGUCACUCCAGAACCGACGGAAACUACCACCACUCCCACUCCACAACCAGCAAAAACUAGCAUCACUUCAGAGUCUUCUGCAAACACCACCACUCCAGAACCGACAGCGCCUACCACCACUCAAACUCCACAACCAGCACAAACUACCACCACUCCAGAACCGACAGAGACUACUACCACUGUUACUCCACAACCAGCACAAACUACCACCACUUCAUCGCCUUCUGCAAAUACCACCACUACAGAACCGACAGAAACUACGACGACAACCACCACUAGAGAUCCAUCAAAAACUAACAUCACUCCAAAGACGAAACUAACAACUACUACUUCAGAAACAUCAGAACCUUCCAACACGCAAAAGCCGACAGCUACUACCACCACACCAGAACCAACUACCAUAACUCAAGAACCAACAGCAACUAUCACCACUCCAGAACCAUCGAACACUACUACCACUUCAGAUCUAUCAGCAGCUACCAUUACUCCAGAGGCAACGCAAUCAACCACCACUUCAGAACCAUCAAAAACUUUCACCACUCCAAAGCCAACUGCAAUAACCUCAGAGACAAUAGCAACUUCCACCACUCAUACCACUCAAGAACCAUCAAAAACUACCUUUACUUCAGAGACUUCUGCAAAUACCACCACUCCAGAACCGACAGCGCCUACCACCUCUAUAACUCCACAACCAGCAAAAACCACCACAACUUCAGAGCCUUCUGCAAAUACCACCACUCCAGAACCGACGGACACUACCACCACUCCCACUAAGAAACCACAAAAACCACCAUCACUUCGAGAACCUUUAGCAAAUACCACCACUCCAGAACCGACGAACACUACCACAACUCCCACUCCAGAACCAGCAAUAACUACCACCACUGCAAAGCCUUCUGCAAAUACCACCAUUCCAGAACCGACAGAAACUACGACGACAACAACCACUAGAGAAACAUCAAAAACUAACAUCACUCCAGAGACGAAACUAACAACUACUACUUCAGAAACAUCAGAACCUACCAACACGCAAAGGUCGACAGCUACUACCACCACACCAGAACCUACAACAACUACCAGUCAUGAACCAUCAACAACCACAACCACUCAAAAGCCAGCAUCGAUAACAACCGCUCAUGAGCCAGUAGCAAUUUCCACCACUACAGAGCAAAAAGGUACAACCACUCCAGAACCAGCGUCGAUUACAACCACUUCAGCACCAACAACAAAUACAACCACUUCAGAGCAAACAGCAACUACUACUUCUCUAGAGCCAACAACAUCUUCCAUCUCUUCAGAGCCAAUAGCAACUACCGUCACUCCAGAACCGACGGAAACUACCACCACUCCCACUCCACAACCAGCAAAAACUAGCAUCACUUCAGAGUCUUCUGCAAACACCACCACUCCAGAACCGACAGCGCCUACCACCACUCAAACUCCACAUCCAGCACAAACUACCACCACUCCAGAACCGACAGAGACUACUACCACUGUUACUCCACAACCAGCACAAACUACCACCACUUCAUCGCCUUCUGCAAAUACCACCACUACAGAACCGACAGAAACUACGACGACAACCACCACUAGAGAUCCAUCAAAAACUAACAUCACUCCAAAGACGAAACUAACAACUACUACUUCAGAAACAUCAGAACCUUCCAACACGCAAAAGCCGACAGCUACUACCACCACACCAGAACCAACUACCAUAACUCAAGAACCAACAGCAACUAUCACCACUCCAGAACCAUCGAACACUACUACCACUUCAGAUCUAUCAGCAGCUACCAUUACUCCAGAGGCAACGCAAUCAACCACCACUUCAGAACCAUCAAAAACUUUCACCACUCCAAAGCCAACUGCAAUAACCUCAGAAACAAUAGCAACUUCCACCACUCAUACCACUCAAGAACCAUCAAAAUCUACCUUUACUUCAGAGACUUCUGCAAAUACCACCACUCCAGAACCGACAGCGCCUACCACCUCUAUAACUCCACAACCAGCAAAAACCACCACCACUUCAGAGCCUUCUGCAAAUACCACCACUCCAGAACCGACGGACACUACCACCACUCCCACUCAAGAACCAGCAAAAACUAGCAUCACUUCGGAACCUUUAGCAAAUACCACCACUCCAGAACCGACGGACACUACCACCACUCCCACUCAAGAACCAGCAAAAACUAGCAUCACUUCGGAACCUUUAGCAAAUACCACCACUCCAGAACCGACGAACACUACCACAACUCCCACUCCAGAACCAGCAAUAACUACCACCACUGCAGAGCCUUCUGCAAAUACCACCAUUCCAGAACAGACAGAAACUACGACGACAGAGACAAAACCAACAGCUACUACUUCAAAAACAUCAGAAUCUAUCAACACGCAAAAGCCAACAGCUACUACCACCACACCUCAACCAUUAGCAACUACCAUAACUCCAGAACCAUCAGCAAUUACUUCCACUCCUUGGCUAUCAGAAGAUGUCACCACCACCCCAAAAGCAGCAAACGCUACAGCAGCAUCUACUGUCACUCCAGAACCGUCAACAAUUACAAAAGAGCCAACGAUGUCCACCAGUCCGCAACCAACCACACUUACCACCAAUCCAGAGUCGACUACAACCAUAUAUACUAAUGAGUCAGCAAACAUAUCAACAAACAGACCCAUCACUACUAGAACUAACCCUGUCGGAAUGAAAAUAUACAACAAAAUUACUUAUCUACAUCAGGAUCUUCUCAUUGAAUGCAAUAUCGAAAACACUCCGAACACCUGGGAUAAGGUGAAGCUUAUCUCCUCUGACGACAGCAUUGGAGUUGUAGCUGUUGGCUAUUCUAAUGGAACAACACAGAAAGACAACAACUCGUACCAACUGACCCUUGAACCCGGCGAUAGCAACGUAACACUAAGUCUUCUUUUCCCCAACACCACGAAGCAUUGUUUUGUCAGGAGUAACUACACGUGUCAACUUCAUAGCAAUGGAAAUAUAUUUGUGGAGUCCAUGGAGUACAUUUCCAUCCCAGUUGCAGACGCAGCGGAGAAUAUCCACAUUGUUGGGCCUACAACGGUGAACGAGGGUGAUAGUUAUGUGGUGAACUGUAGCGGGGAUCUGGCUCCAUCAGAUAGUACACUGGACCUGUAUACCAGAACCGUAAACGCCACGUUAUUUACAAAGUCUCCGAUUAAUCCUCAAAUCACGAAUGGUAACGUCACCGAAUCCUGCUACCUCCACACAACAAAGAGGUACAGUCUCAGCGCCAGUAAGACUGAUAAUGGCACAGAGAUGAGGUGUGAGGCAGCGAAUUCCUCCCCUGGUUCAAAGACGAUCUCUAGCGCACAAAUGAUCUUGGUGAAAGUUGCCGAACUAGUAAUUGAAACAUCGCUUACACCAACACAUGAGGAUCUCAAAAUUGAAUGUAAUAUUCAAAACGCUCCGAACACCUGGGAUAAGGUGAAGCUUAUCUCCUCUGACGACAGCAUUGGAGUUGUAGCUGUUGGCUAUUCUAAUGGAACAACACAGAAAGACAACAACUCGUACCAACUGACCCUUGAACCCGGCGAUAGCAACGUAACACUAAGUCUUCUUUUCCCCAACACCACGAAGCAUUGUUUUGUCAGGAGUAUCUACACGUGUCAACUUCAUAGCAAUGGAAAUAUAUUUGUGGAGUCCAUGGAGUACAUUUCCAUCCCAGUUGCAGACGCAGCGGAGAAUAUCCACAUUGUUGGGCCUACAACGGUGAACGAGGGUGAUAGUUAUGUGGUGAACUGUAGCGGGGAUCUGGCUCCAUCAGAUAGUACACUGGACCUGUAUACCAGAACCGUAAACGCCACGUUAUUUACAAAGUCUCCGAUUAAUCCUCAAAUCACGAAUGGUAACGUCACCGAAUCCUGCUACCUCCACACAACAAAGAGGUACAGUCUCAGCGCCAGUAAGACUGAUAAUGGCACAGAGAUGAGGUGUGAGGCAGCGAAUUCCUCCCCUGGUUCAAAGACGAUCUCUAGCGCACAAAUGAUCUUGGUGAAAGUUGCCGAACUAGUAAUUGAAACAUCGCUUACACCAACACAUGAGGAUCUCAAAAUUGAAUGUAAUAUUCAAAACGCUCCGAACACCUGGGAUAAGGUGAAGCUUAUCUCCUCUGACGACAGCAUUGGAGUUGUAGCUGUUGGCUAUUCUAAUGGAACAACACAGAAAGACAACAACUCGUACCAACUGACCCUUGAACCCGGCGAUAGCAACGUAACACUAAGUCUUCUUUUCCCCAACACCACGAAGCAUUGUUUUGUCAGGAGUAACUACACGUGUCAACUUCAUAGCAAUGGAAAUAUAUUUGUGGAGUCCAUGGAGUACAUUUCCAUCCCAGACGCAGCGGAGAAUAUCCACAUUGUUGGGCCUACAACGGUGAACGAGGGUGAUAGUUAUGUGGUGAACUGUAGCGGGGAUCUGGCUCCAUCAGAUAGUACACUGGACCUGUAUACCAGAACCGUAAACGCCACGUUAUUUACAAAGUCUCCGAUUAAUCCUCAAAUCACGAAUGGUAACGUCACCGAAUCCUGCUACCUCCACACAACAAAGAGGUACAGUCUCAGCGCCAGUAAGACUGAUAAUGGCACAGAGAUGAGGUGUGAGGCAGCGAAUUCCUCCCCUGGUUCAAAGACGAUCUCUAGCGCACAAAUGAUCUUGGUGAAAGUUGCCGAACUAGUAAUUGAAACAUCGCUUACACCAACACAUGAGGAUCUCAAAAUUGAAUGUAAUAUUCAAAACGCUCCGAACACCUGGGAUAAGGUGAAGCUUAUCUCCUCUGACGACAGCAUUGGAGUUGUAGCUGUUGGCUAUUCUAAUGGAACAACACAGAAAGACAACAACUCGUACCAACUGACCCUUGAACCCGGCGAUAGCAACGUAACACUAAGUCUUCUUUUCCCCAACACCACGAAGCAUUGUUUUGUCAGGAGUAUCUACACGUGUCAACUUCAUAGCAAUGGAAAUAUAUUUGUGGAGUCCAUGGAGUACAUUUCCAUCCCAGUUGCAGACGCAGCGGAGAAUAUCCACAUUGUUGGGCCUACAACGGUGAACGAGGGUGAUAGUUAUGUGGUGAACUGUAGCGGGGAUCUGGCUCCAUCAGAUAGUACACUGGACCUGUAUACCAGAACCGUAAACGCCACGUUAUUUACAAAGUCUCCGAUUAAUCCUCAAAUCACGAAUGGUAACGUCACCGAAUCCUGCUACCUCCACACAACAAAGAGGUACAGUCUCAGCGCCAGUAAGACUGAUAAUGGCACAGAGAUGAGGUGUGAGGCAGCGAAUUCCUCCCCUGGUUCAAAGACGAUCUCUAGCGCACAAAUGAUCUUGGUGAAAGUUGCCGAACUAGUAAUUGAAACAUCGCUUACACCAGCACAUGAGGAUCUCAAAAUUGAAUGUAAUAUUCAAAACACUCCGAACACCUGGGAUAAGGUGAAGCUUAUCUCCUCUGACGACAGCAUUGGAGUUGUAGCUGUUGGCUAUUCUAAUGGAACAACACAGAAAGACAACAACUCGUACCAACUGACCCUUGAACCCGGCGAUAGCAACGUAACACUAAGUCUUCUUUUCCCCAACACCACGAAGCAUUGUUUUGUCAGGAGUAACUACACGUGUCAACUUCAUAGCAAUGGAAAUAUAUUUGUGGAGUCCAUGGAGUACAUUUCCAUCCCAGACGCAGCGGAGAAUAUCCACAUUGUUGGGCCUACAACGGUGAACGAGGGUGAUAGUUAUGUGGUGAACUGUAGCGGGGAUCUGGCUCCAUCAGAUAGUACACUGGACCUGUAUACCAGAACCGUAAACGCCACGUUAUUUACAAAGUCUCCGAUUAAUCCUCAAAUCACGAAUGGUAACGUCACCGAAUCCUGCUACCUCCACACAACAAAGAGGUACAGUCUCAGCGCCAGUAAGACUGAUAAUGGCACAGAGAUGAGGUGUGAGGCAGCGAAUUCCUCCCCUGGUUCAAAGACGAUCUCUAGCGCACAAAUGAUCUUGGUGAAAGUUGCCGAACUAGUAAUUGAAACAUCGCUUACACCAGCACAUGAGGAUCUCAAAAUUGAAUGUAAUAUUCAAAACACUCCGAACACCUGGGAUAAGGUGAAGCUUAUCUCCUCUGACGACAGCAUUGGAGUUGUAGCUGUUGGCUAUUCUAAUGGAACAACACAGAAAGACAACAACUCGUACCAACUGACCCUUGAACCCGGCGAUAGCAACGUAACACUAAGUCUUCUUUUCCCCAACACCACGAAGCAUUGUUUUGUCAGGAGUAACUACACGUGUCAACUUCAUAGCAAUGGAAAUAUAUUUGUGGAGUCCAUGGAGUACAUUUCCAUCCCAGUUGCAGACGCAGCGGAGAAUAUCCACAUUGUUGGGCCUACAACGGUGAACGAGGGUGAUAGUUAUGUGGUGAACUGUAGCGGGGAUCUGGCUCCAUCAGAUAGUACACUGGACCUGUAUACCAGAACCGUAAACGCCACGUUAUUUACAAAGUCUCCGAUUAAUCCUCAAAUCACGAAUGGUAACGUCACCGAAUCCUGCUACCUCCACACAACAAAGAGGUACAGUCUCAGCGCCAGUAAGACUGAUAAUGGCACAGAGAUGAGGUGUGAGGCAGCGAAUUCCUCCCCUGGUUCAAAGACGAUCUCUAGCGCACAAAUGAUCUUGGUGAAAGUUGCCGAACUAGUAAUUGAAACAUCGCUUACACCAGCACAUGAGGAUCUCAAAAUUGAAUGUAAUAUUCAAAACACUCCGAACACCUGGGAUAAGGUGAAGCUUAUCUCCUCUGACGACAGCAUUGGAGUUGUAGCUGUUGGCUAUUCUAAUGGAACAACACAGAAAGACAACAACUCGUACCAACUGACCCUUGAACCCGGCGAUAGCAACGUAACACUAAGUCUUCUUUUCCCCAACACCACGAAGCAUUGUUUUGUCAGGAGUAACUACACGUGUCAACUUCAUAGCAAUGGAAAUAUAUUUGUGGAGUCCAUGGAGUACAUUUCCAUCCCAGACGCAGCGGAGAAUAUCCACAUUGUUGGGCCUACAACGGUGAACGAGGGUGAUAGUUAUGUGGUGAACUGUAGCGGGGAUCUGGCUCCAUCAGAUAGUACACUGGACCUGUAUACCAGAACCGUAAACGCCACGUUAUUUACAAAGUCUCCGAUUAAUCCUCAAAUCACGAAUGGUAACGUCACCGAAUCCUGCUACCUCCACACAACAAAGAGGUACAGUCUCAGCGCCAGUAAGACUGAUAAUGGCACAGAGAUGAGGUGUGAGGCAGCGAAUUCCUCCCCUGGUUCAAAGACGAUCUCUAGCGCACAAAUGAUCUUGGUGAAAGUUGCCGAACUAGUAAUUGAAACAUCGCUUACACCAGCACAUGAGGAUCUCAAAAUUGAAUGUAAUAUUCAAAACACUCCGAACACCUGGGAUAAGGUGAAGCUUAUCUCCUCUGACGACAGCAUUGGAGUUGUAGCUGUUGGCUAUUCUAAUGGAACAACACAGAAAGACAACAACUCGUACCAACUGACCCUUGAACCCGGCGAUAGCAACGUAACACUAAGUCUUCUUUUCCCCAACACCACGAAGCAUUGUUUUGUCAGGAGUAACUACACGUGUCAACUUCAUAGCAAUGGAAAUAUAUUUGUGGAGUCCAUGGAGUACAUUUCCAUCCCAGUUGCAGACGCAGCGGAGAAUAUCCACAUUGUUGGGCCUACAACGGUGAACGAGGGUGAUAGUUAUGUGGUGAACUGUAGCGGGGAUCUGGCUCCAUCAGAUAGUACACUGGACCUGUAUACCAGAACCGUAAACGCCACGUUAUUUACAAAGUCUCCGAUUAAUCCUCAAAUCACGAAUGGUAACGUCACCGAAUCCUGCUACCUCCACACAACAAAGAGGUACAGUCUCAGCGCCAGUAAGACUGAUAAUGGCACAGAGAUGAGGUGUGAGGCAGCGAAUUCCUCCCCUGGUUCGAAGACGAUCUCUAGCGCACAAAUGAUCUUGGUGAAAGUUGCCGAACUAGUAAUUGAAACAUCGCUUACACCAGCACAUGAGGAUCUCAAAAUUGAAUGUAAUAUUCAAAACACUCCGAACACCUGGGAUAAGGUGAAGCUUAUCUCCUCUGACGACAGCAUUGGAGUUGUAGCUGUUGGCUAUUCUAAUGGAACAACACAGAAAGACAACAACUCGUACCAACUGACCCUUGAACCCGGCGAUAGCAACGUAACACUAAGUCUUCUUUUCCCCAACACCACGAAGCAUUGUUUUGUCAGGAGUAACUACACGUGUCAACUUCAUAGCAAUGGAAAUAUAUUUGUGGAGUCCAUGGAGUACAUUUCCAUCCCAGACGCAGCGGAGAAUAUCCACAUUGUUGGGCCUACAACGGUGAACGAGGGUGAUAGUUAUGUGGUGAACUGUAGCGGGGAUCUGGCUCCAUCAGAUAGUACACUGGACCUGUAUACCAGAACCGUAAACGCCACGUUAUUUACAAAGUCUCCGAUUAAUCCUCAAAUCACGAAUGGUAACGUCACCGAAUCCUGCUACCUCCACACAACAAAGAGGUACAGUCUCAGCGCCAGUAAGACUGAUAAUGGCACAGAGAUGAGGUGUGAGGCAGCGAAUUCCUCCCCUGGUUCGAAGACGAUCUCUAGCGCACAAAUGAUCUUGGUGAAAGUUGCCGAACUAGUAAUUGAAACAUCGCUUACACCAGCACAUGAGGAUCUCAAAAUUGAAUGUAAUAUUCAAAACACUCCGAACACCUGGGAUAAGGUGAAGCUUAUCUCCUCUGACGACAGCAUUGGAGUUGUAGCUGUUGGCUAUUCUAAUGGAACAACACAGAAAGACAACAACUCGUACCAACUGACCCUUGAACCCGGCGAUAGCAACGUAACACUAAGUCUUCUUUUCCCCAACACCACGAAGCAUUGUUUUGUCAGGAGUAACUACACGUGUCAACUUCAUAGCAAUGGAAAUAUAUUUGUGGAGUCCAUGGAGUACAUUUCCAUCCCAGUUGCAGACGCAGCGGAGAAUAUCCACAUUGUUGGGCCUACAACGGUGAACGAGGGUGAUAGUUAUGUGGUGAACUGUAGCGGGGAUCUGGCUCCAUCAGAUAGUACACUGGACCUGUAUACCAGAACCGUAAACGCCACGUUAUUUACAAAGUCUCCGAUUAAUCCUCAAAUCACGAAUGGUAACGUCACCGAAUCCUGCUACCUCCACACAACAAAGAGGUACAGUCUCAGCGCCAGUAAGACUGAUAAUGGCACAGAGAUGAGGUGUGAGGCAGCGAAUUCCUCCCCUGGUUCGAAGACGAUCUCUAGCGCACAAAUG